AUGGUAUUCCUUGCAAAUACACUUCACAGAAACAAUUACAGUGUCUUUCUAGAAGUAUCAAGUGGGAAUCCAAUUGACUAUUCACGAUUGAAUAGUUGUAUAGAAUACAAAAAUUCACUAUUUGUACUGAAGUAUAUGAAACGUGAUGUAAACGAUGUCAUUUCCGGUAGACAUCCAUAUAAUUUGGAAGUAAAUGAGGAUUCGGAUAGCAUAAAGGCUAAUAAAAUAGGCAAGAUAGAACUGAACAACUUGGAUAUGGAUGAUCUGAGUAAGUUUGACCUAACGCUUCAAUAUUUGCCAGCAGGAUUCUAUGCAUUGAAGUCAAAUAAGACAAGUAAGCUAAAUAUCAAUGGAAAUACAGUUGAAAUAUUGAGCAAAAAUGAUAAAAUGAUCUAUUACAAAGACGAUAAAGGAAACAACUGCAUUUUGGGAUUAAACAACAAACCUGCGCAAAUAAAGAUGCGCAAGGAGUAUUUCAACUGCUAUACAAUUCCAACGACGAUGGAUUCGAUAAAUCUGGCACCAAUCAACAUAAAGUUCACCAAGGUGUUCAAAGGGGUAUGUGAGCCCAAACUGGAGUUUCUUGAGAACACCGUUGAUUUGAGCAGUUUCAUUGAGAAAGUGGAGAAUCCAGAAAAUGAAACGAACUAUUUUGUUCAGAAAAUGCUACAGCAAAUUGAUUUCCACGAAAAGACAAAGAAGAAACCAAGCAAGUUCAUUGUAACGUUCUUAUUUGAUUUGACAGGUGAAUACGACACCGCACAUAAUAAUAGACAGAAAUGUAACAUUCUUAGAAUAUUGAAUGAAAUCAAAGACUAUGACAUCACAAAGCAUAUUCCGGGUAUUCUAACCAGGGAAGUGCUACUUGAUGAACUAUAUGCUCUAUACAACUUGUUGACUAUGAUUCAAUAUGAAGAUGGCAUUAAAAAGAAUAAGAAAGAAGCCGAGAAUCUUCUGGAUGAGAUUUCACUUGCAAUAAUACGAAUACAGAAAUCAGGUCGAGUUUACAUAGGAAAGAAAAAAGUAUCAGUGAAGAAGAAUGAUCAAUAUAUUGGUAGAUAUAGACCACCGAUGUACACAGAAUACUACAAUGACGAUACACGUAGUGUGCAUCACAUUUGUGUUGUGAAUAUUCUGAUAGCAAUUAUCACGUACAGUAUUAUAAUAGCUUCAUGCACAUUCAUAUAUACCAGAAGACGAAAACGACAAAUCAGGCACAAAACAUCUGAAGACGAGUAUUUGGAGAUGGUGCAAAGCCAACAUUAA